AUGCUUCGUGCCCCUCCCCCUCCUCCUCUCGCCCGCCCCUACGUCUCUGCUGCUGAACGUCUCCGCUGCGAGGUGUUCAUGUCGCAGCCGCGCGGGCGCGAUCAGCUGCUGGGCGCUGCGAACGUGUCGCUGGAGGAGAUUAUAUCGCGUACGGCCAAGCUCUCGAAGAAACCCGCGGAGUUCAAACUGCUGAGCAACAGCAGCGCUCCCGCGGGUGCGCUCGUGCUCACGCUCACUUACCACGGCCGCUCCGCCUCUUCCUCUCGCCCCGCCGCGCAGCCCGCCGCGCAGCCCUCCGCGCAAUUCGGUGCGCAGUCCGCCGCGCAGUCCGACGGACAAGCCGGCGCGGCGGCCGCGGCAGCGGCGGCGGCUGCCGGGGCGUUCUCGCGGUUUGCGUUCCCGCCUUCCCCGCAAGAUUCCGCCUCCGCCGCCGCUGCCGCGAUCGCGCUGCUCCCCGCAAAGAGAACGCCCCCCCCGCUCCCCGCGUCGUUCGCGAUGGUUGCGCCCCCACCCAAUUCUGGAUCCCUCCCCGCGUCUAGCGCUGUAGACGCGAUAGCAGCCGCGCUAUUCCCGCGGGCGCACAUCCAAGCGCAGUCUCAGGCGCAGGCUCAGGCGCAGGUUCAGGCGCAGGCGCAAGCGCAGGCGCAAAUGCACCCGCAGAUGCUGACGUCACCUCAGCUGACUCCGCCCAUGUUCCCCCCCGCGUCUUCCCCGUUUCCGCCUCCCCCUUCCCCGCCUGGCGCUAUUGCGCAGGCGGCAGGGGCUUCUGCGCCGCCCCCUUCGUUUUUUAAUCGUUCGACCUCGUUAGUAUCACAUCCCUCGCCUUCGUUAGUAUCACAUCCUGCCCCCUCGUUACUGUCACAUCCUUCCGCCCCAGCGGCGCCGUUACUUUUCAACCACCUGGCCUCGUCCGCCGCUGCGCUGUCAUCGCAGCGCUGGGGCGCAAUGGAAGGCGCGUCGCAGCUAGAAUCAAGGCGGGUAGUAACGGGGACGGAGGUGGAAAAUCGCGCAGGCGGGGACUUUACCAGCGCGAACGGGGCGGGGCAAGGCGCGCUGCGUGGUAUACCUUCCGCGGAGUUCAGUUUGGGGGGAGCGCGGAUCGGCGGAGCGGGAGUAGGCGGCGCAGGAGCAGGGGGGGCGGGGGGAACGGCGGGGGUAGCGGGGGCGGCAGCGGAGCUGAUGACGAUGGCACAAAACGACAGCACGCACAGGUCGUAUCUGGCCAGGCAGUUACUGGACUCGAGCGCUGCAAUGCAGGGCGGCGCGAGUAUGGGGCCGCUAGAUUUGGGUCCAUCCAACGGUGGAGAUGCAAGCAUGGGGGCGGUAGAUCUGCCGGGUGCUAGUUUGGGGGCUGUGGCCGCAGGAUCCGCGGAGCCCGUAAAGGCGGAGCAAGCAGGCGGAGUUCUGGGGGAAUUGGGUGGGGGAAGGAUGGGGGGAACGGGUAAGACAUCCCCGCCCCCCUGCUUGGAUCUCUCCGCGGGUCUGGGCAGAGCAGGGGGAGCGGAAGGGGGCAUUGGGGGGAGACGGAAGAGCUUGAGGCGGGAACGGGAGUGGUGGAGUGAGGCGAAGGCGGAAGCUAUGGAGGUGGAGGGGGGAAGUGAGGGGUGCAGGGGAAGAUCCGGCGUAGGGGUGGUAGAGCUUGGAUUGUCCACUGUGGCAACAGCAACAGCAGCAGCAACAGCAGCAGCAACAGAAGCAGGUGGGAACGAGAGCGCAGCGGAUGGUAGCACGAGUGCAGCAGCAGCAGGACCGAGAGCAGAAGCAGGAGCAGAAAGGAGCACAGAACCUAUUGCAGACUUGCUGAACGUUAACCAUGCUCAUCGUCAAAACGAGCAGCAGCAGCAGCAGCAGCAGCAGCAGCAGCAGCAGCAGCAGCAGGAGGAGGAGCCGAGGCUGAUGCAGCUGCUGCCUAUGCAGUGGUGCUCGGAGGACAGAGAAAAGGACAAACCUGCCUCUGCUGCAUCCCUUUCGUUCCAAGGCCCCCCCGUCUCUGCCUCCCCCCCUGUCCCUCUCUCUGUCCCUGUUCCUGUCUCCAUCCCUGCCCCCAUCUCUGCCCCUGCCCCUGUCUCUCUCGCCCCCCCUGCUUCUAUCUCCUCCUCCUCUCGCCCAACUGCCUCUGCGUUCCGCCCCUAUCCAGCCACCCUGCGCACUGAUACCAAAUCGCCCCAGGCAGCAUCUGCCGCCGAGCCUAGCCGGCCCGGCGGGGACUCUUCCAGGCUUGGCACAGAAUCGUCGAGGCUCGGCGCCGAGCCAUGCCGGCCGGCAAAGAAGCAGUGCUGUUCGCCUGCCCGGCAAGUCUACCCCGUUGCUGCUGAAAAGCCCGCUUCGUUGCUCCCGUCCCUCCCCUCCUUCUCCUGUCGCUCCCGCAGCACUGCUGCCUGCCCUGCGGCUGCUGCAGCCAGGUCUCUGUUUGGAGCCCUCAUGGGGUCAACUGGGUUUGGUAGUGGCGGUGCAACAGCCGCAGCAGCAGCAGCAGCAGCAGCAGCAGCAGCAGCAGCAGCAGCAGCAGCAUCAGCAUCAUCAUCAGCAGCAGCAGCAGCAGCAGCAGCAGCAGCAGCAGCAGCAGCAGCAGCAGCAGCAGCAGCAGCAGCAGCAGCAGCAGCAGCAGCAGCAGCGCCGGCGGGAUCCCUGGCAGCAGGGUUAGCAGCUGCAGCGGCUGCAGCCGCGACAGGAGCAGGGGCUGUAGCAGGGGCGAGAGGGACGUUAGGCAGCAGCAGGGGGGGUGAUAUUGGGCGGAAGUCUCACACUCACAGCUCAUCACCCCAGUCUCCAGCCCCGGCCCCGGGCCUGAUAGGCUUGGGCCAAACCGGCAUCCGAGCCUCCUCCAAGCCUUCCUCCCGUUCGAUCCUGCCUUCCCCGUUUGCCGCCAGUGAUGCUGCUACCAACACCUCUGCUAGUGCAGCAAUGGGUGGUGCUGGUGCUGGUGCUGGUGCUGGUGCUGGUGCUGGGUUAGGGGCGGCUUUUGAGUCGAUUCAAAAGUCACCUCGGGGUGCUGGUGCUGGGGGUUCAGGGGCGGGUGUAGGGGCGGAGCAGGGCACGAGGAAGGGGAGUUUCCUUCCCCACCUGAUGCUGGCGCUGGAAAACUCUAAGAAGGCGAAGCAGAGCACAGGGGUAGGUGCGCUCAGCAGUGCUCUCAGUGCUACAGCCGGUGCUACAGCCGGUGCAACAGCCGGUGCCGUGGCCGGUUUUACAGCUACUGCUACAGCGAGUGCUACAGGUGGUGCGUCUAGUGCUGUCUGUGGUCCAAGGCAGGCUGGCAGCAGUGGCACACCGGGUAUUGCUGACAUGGCAGGUAUAGCUGGCCCCAAUCGAGGGCUAGGCGCAGCCAUUGCUGCUGCUGCCGCCGCUGCUGCAGCUGCGGCUUCUGCUGCUGGUGCUGCUGGGUCUAGUGGGUUGGCAGGGGGGUUUGGGAGGGGUAAGGGUGCUGGGGUCGCGUCUGGUGCGGGGCAGGGGCAGGCGGCAUGGCACAGGGAGGACCAGAUCACUCCCACGUCCGUCCUUGAUGUCGCCAUGUCCGAUGCUGACAGCGAGCAUGCCACAGAGGACGUGCGCAUGGCUGAAGCUGCCGGUUCUUCUCACAUGCCUUCCCUUCACCGUGCACAUCUGACACAUCAACCCCCCUCUCUGUCCGCUGCAGAGGCUGCUGCUGCUGGGAAGAACCGUCCAAAUCUAGCCACCCAGCAGCAGCACCAGCAGCAGCAGCAGCAGCAGCAGCAGGAGAGGGCACAGACGGAGGAAGGAAACGGGCAGUUCUCACCAAAGCCUCCUGCCUGGCAGCGCAGCUUUGCUGCAGCAUUUGCAGCAGCCAGUGUGACCCCCUCAGCUCAUGCCGACGCCUCCCCUCCUAUUCCCUCUGCCCCCGCUCCUUCCGCUCCUGCUUCUGCUCCCCCUCCCAAUCCGGCUCCGCCUGCUCCUCCCCCUUCUGCUCUCUCUCCUCCCACUGCCCCCAGCGCGUUUGCCGCGUUACUGAGAGCCAGUGAGGCAGCUAACCCCUCCACACCUCUCCACCAGCCCAAUCACAGCCUCAACCCCUCUUCACCCCUUCACCACCAGCACCAGCACCAGCACCAGCACCAGCACCAGCACCAGCACCAGCACCAGCAGCUCCAGCACCAGCAGCACUACCAACACCACUACCCGCAUCCGCCAUUUCUUGUAGCAGCCCCUGCAGCUGCAGUAGCAGCAGCUGCACCACCCACUGCAGCACCAGCAUCCCGAUUGCCAGCUCCCGUCAAUAGCACCUCUCCCUCUCCCUCUCCUCCCUCUCUUUCCUCUCCUCCCUCACCACCCUCCAUCCCCUCCUCUUCUCCUGCUUCCUCCUCCAACCCCUCCUCCACCACCUGCCCCCUCACGGCCCUCCGAGGCUCGCUGCCGAACCUCCCGCUGCCGGGCCUACCGCUGCCGAGCCUGCUGUCGUGGCAUUGCAAGGUGGAGGGGGAGGAGGCGGCGCUGCUGAGAGAGCAGGCAGCCGCCAUCUGGCAGGUCUCUAAGGCGCUCAUGGGUGCAGGCACGGGCACAGCAGCAGCAGGCACGGCCACAGCUACAACAGCUGCUGCAAAUCAUUCGACUAGUGGCUGUGUGCAAGCAGAACAGCCACACGAACAAACGGCAUGCUCGGCACACCAGCAUGGGGCGAGCGGCGGUGCGUUGGCGAGCUUUGAAGCAUCUCAAAACGCGCAUCAAAGGGGAAACGUGCAUCAAAGAGGGGGAGCUGGCAGUGUGGUGGGGGCACACCAGCAGGCUGUUAAUGGCAGUGCGAUCCCAGCCCAGUCACAUGGGUUGGCACAGCAGCAAACGACAAGUACGGCGGGUGCAGCACCAGCACUGGCACCAGAUGGCUGUGAGAUGUCAGCGCAACAGCAUGCAGCGGCGGUGUGGCAAGCGAGCAUGGGGAAGAGCAGGGAGGAGGCGGAGGCGCUCUGUGAGCAGGCUGUGCGGGCCGGCACUCUCACUCACGACCAGGCGGCUGAAUUCUGUGGACUGCUGUCCAAGGAGAGCCUGCGGAGCUUGCGAGAGUCUCUCUUGGCGAUGGAGGACAAGUUUCGAGGGUGCUCGAUAGAGGACUUGGAGGAGAGCCGCCGGCAGGCGUGGCGGGAGUUUUGGGAGAAGCUAGAGGCGGGCAGACGGCGAGGAGGGGCGGCAGCUGCUGCUGCGGGCGGGCCGAAUGGGGCUGUGGGAGCUGGGGCUGGAAGCGGGAUGCGUAUGGAGACGGGCAGGUGGAGAGGAGGAGAGGAGGAGGGGGGAUGA